UUGAUUGGUCGGGGAUGGGGCCAGCAUGUUUCCUCGGGAAGGCAAAGGUGGGCUCCAGUCUGUCUGUUUGGGUCCGAGGGUAGUCUGGGUAUUAGUUUGUUGCAUUAGGGCCCAUGAGUUCUUGAAAAACUUCUCCACUGAAGUCUAGCACCAGGACGUUGGCUAUCAGGGUGAUGGAUGGAUCCAUUUCAAGGCCUGCAAUCCAGAAUCCUUGCCAGCAUCCCAUAUGGGCACCGGUUCAAGUCUCGGCUGCUCCACUUCCGAUCCAGCUCUCUGCUAUGGCCUGGGAAAGCAAUAGAAGAUGGCCCAAGUCCUUGGGCCCCUGCACCUGUGUGGGAGACCCAGAGGAAGCUCCUGGCUCCUGGCUUUGGAUCGGCACAGUUCCAGCUGUUGCAGUCAUCUGGGGAGUGAACCAGCAGAUGGAAGACUCUCUCUCUGCCCCUCCUCUCUCCAUGUAACUCUGAUCUUCAAAUAAAAAUAAAUCUUGGGCGGCGGCGGCGGCCACGCUCCGGCCGGGGUCCCUCUGCUCCCGGUGGCGCCAUGGACGAGGCCGUGGGCGACCUGAAGCAGGCAUUGCCCUGCGUGGCCGAAGCGCCCACGGUCCACGUGGAGGUGCACCAGCGGAGCGGCAGCACCGCGAAGAGGGAAGACGUGAAGCUGGCUGUCAGAAAGCUGCUCGACAGACACAACAUUGUGUUCGGCGACUACAAGUGGACUGAGUUUGAUGACCCUUUUCUGAGCAGGAACGUGCAGUCUGUGGCGCUCGUUGACACCGAGCUGAAGGUGAAAGCCCCGCAGCCCAUUGAUUUGAGUGCAUGCACUAUUGCACUUCACAUCUUCCAGCUGAAUGAAGAUGGCCCCAGCAGUGAAAAUUUGGAAGAAGAGACAGAAAACAUAAUUGCAGCCAAUCACUGGGUUCUGCCUGCAGCUGAAUUCCACGGACUCUGGGACAGCCUGGUGUACGAUGCGGAAGUGAAGUCACACCUCCUCGAUUACGUGAUGACAACCUUACUGUUCUCGGACAAGAACGUGGACAGCAACCUCAUCACCUGGAACCGCGUGGUGCUGCUGCACGGUCCUCCAGGGACUGGGAAAACAUCGCUGUGCAAAGCGUUGGCCCAGAAACUGACCAUUAGACUGUCAAGCAGGUACCGGUAUGGUCAAUUAAUUGAAAUAAACAGCCACAGUCUGUUUUCCAAGUGGUUUUCUGAAAGUGGCAAGCUGGUAACUAGGAUGUUGCAGAAGAUUCAAGAUUUGAUUGACGACAAAGAAGCGCUGGUGUUUGUGCUGAUUGACGAGGUGGAGAGUCUCACGGCCGCCCGCAGCGCCUGCAGGGCAGGCACCGAGCCCUCGGACGCCAUCCGUGUGGUCAACGCCGUCUUGACCCAGAUUGACCAGAUUAAAAGGCAUUCCAAUGUGGUGAUCCUGACCACUUCCAACAUCACUGAGAAGAUCGACGUGGCCUUCGUGGACAGAGCUGAUCUCAAGCAGUACAUCGGGCCCCCCUCGGCAGCAGCCAUCUUUAAAAUCUACCUCUCUUGCUUGGAAGAACUCAUGAAGUGUCAGAUCAUCUACCCGCGCCAGCAGCUGCUGACCCUGCGAGAGCUCGAGAUGAUCGGCUUCAUUGAAAACAACGUGUCCAAGCUCAGCCUCCUUUUGAGUGAGAUUUCAAGGAAGAGCGAGGGCCUCAGCAGCCGGGUCCUGAGGAAGCUGCCUUUCCUGGCUCACGCGCUGUACGUGCAGGCCCCCACCAUCACCAUAGAGGGCUUCCUGCAGGCGCUGUCGCUGGCAGUGGACAAGCAGUUUGAAGAGAGAAAGAAGCUCUCAGCUUAUGUUUGACCGGAUCCCAGCAGCGGCGUUCCUGGAGCACCACUGUCGGGACGUGGCCUCACGGCAGCCGCCGCUCAGCAUCCCCCUGGAAGCCGCCUAGGCCUGCAGGCCAGCCCCCGACGAGGCCGGGCUUCCCGGGAAGAGGUGUGCGACCUUUGUGCUAUUCCUGAUGCCCGCCAGACCUCGACUUGUCACUUCCGCUCUAGAGCUCAUCUGUAGGAAACCACGUGUUUCCUCCACCCAUCCUGCCUGCAGCCGACCAGAUGCGUCACACUACCAAGGCUGGCUUUUGUUUAAAAGGAAGCCGAGGACGGGCGCUAUGGAAACAAAGGAAAAAUGCUGUUGCCUUCGGUAAGCAUGAAGCCAUAGCGUUUCUCAGGCCAGAACCCAGAGUUGCUUCCUGAUGGGAAGCCUGUUCCCAGGAAGAGGGCUCGGCGAAGUGUCCUGUGUGACCAUCGGACGCCUGCUGCCUGCAGGGAGCACCGCCUCCCGUGGAGGCGCCUGCGUGCCGGUCGUCCCUUGGGACCGCCGCCAGCUCCGGUCACUGCCUGGACGUUUCUGCCCAUUUUCUUCUCUGUUCUGAUGUUUUUCAUGCUUCCAGAGAAGAUGCACGUCAGCAGAACAAAAUGUGUCACAAAAUACCAUGUUUUGCUUUUAUCUCAUGCUAAAAUAAAUCUCAUAAUACUGUUUUGUACAUGAAA